AUGCCACAACACGACCCAAUCAUUAAAUCCGUCGACUAUGUGCGCGCAGAGCUAAUAUACGAGUCGUUUUCUAUGAUUCGAGACUUGAUUCAAGCAACGAUUAUUGACCGCGACGAACAAGCACGUAUUCAUAAACUGAUCGCUUUAUGCGAGAAUUUUUUGAAAUACCAAUACAAGAGCCACGUUGGGCGCGCCGGUCGCAGCCAUUGCGUCAAAUUCGCGCUUGGGGUCGACGCAUAUUUGCCGUCAAUUGACUGUAGCGAAUGUCUUGCGGUCGAACGCUUCUACGCGAUGUUGACGGACGCCAUGGCCGCCGAUUCCCACCGCAAGCUGGAGGUGAUUCGACAUAUGGCGCACAAUGAAGUUUACAUCGUUCUGGACUACAAAAUGAAGCUGGAUCCGAUGUACCCUCGCGAGACAACGAUUCAGCACUACGGCAAGCGCGGCAUCAGCUGGCAUGGGGCGUGCGUGAUAUACAAAGACUCUCAGAGCACGCACAAUAUGCGGUAUAUGGAUCAUUUGAUCCACAACGACAACCGUCAAGAUCCAGGGUCCGUUCUGGCCCUGAUGGAGCUGAUUCUCCUUCAGGUCAAAACUGAGUUUCCCACAACUGCGAUGGCGUCGUUCCAAUCGGACAAUGCGUCUACCUACCAAAACCAGUUUUUGCCCCUCUAUUUGAAGGACAUCUCGAUUGGAUUAACCGCUUCAUAG